GAGCCACUGGGAGAGAAGCAGUCUAGAAAAGAUGCCAAAGCUGCAGGGAUUUGAGUUCUGGACACUUACUCUGCAAAGGGUACGUUAAGUAGUUGCCCCCACAGUAGAUCAAAGUGAACUUCGUCCUCAUCAAGCUCAGUUGUGUUAUAUAUACAUUUUGUUACAUUUUUUGAGCAUUUUGUUAAAUGCUCAAGUUUUUGUUCAAGAUACCAACUACCGAAAGGAGAAUCUGUACUGUGAUGGGUAUCCUGAAAUUCAGCCCUUUAUUGAAUUUGAAAUUAUUGAAAUUCAACACUUCUGUGCCAGUGGUACAGAGAUGUUUAACAAGGCUCUUCUCCUGGUAUCUAAACUCUAUCUGAAUUUGAGCUGUCCUCAAAUGUUUGCCAAGAGACAUUAUAGAGCCUUCUUGGACGAAAACUGGGAUCUGCUUCAGAGAAUGAUUAUUUUAGUACAUGAGAAACUUUUGGUUCUGGUCACUUGCAAAAUCCAUAUCUUCCCAGAAACUGACGAGACUAUAACAUAUGCUCAGUUGUUGGAUAAAGCUGACUGCCGGUUAUUACCCAUUCGUGGAUGUACCAAGAACAGAAGGUAAAGGAGUGCAUUGUCUGGAAUCGUAUCCUGGAAGCAUAUAAAGGCCACGAGGAAGGCAGUGAACAUCCUCCUAUUUGCAAAUGGAAACAUACAGUACCUCCACGAGGAACAAAUGUCCGUCCAGAAAACAGGGGUGCAUGGGGUGAUGAGUGAAAAGGACAAGCUACACAACCCAGCCUUGUUUGUGGGUCAAAACCCGCUGGCAUGGGAGAUGGCUGAGGAACAUCUAGAGAUUGUGCAGUAGCACCCCUGUCCCAUCUUACACCUGGGCUCCAAACUGUGGCAGCAUACCCUAUGUCAACAGUUUGGUGAAGAAAUGACUAAAGCAAAGACUUUGGCGGGGAGUGCCGAUAGCAGGGAGCUGAAGCUUUGUGAUCAGAAGGAAAGAGAAAAGCCCACCACAGGAUUCCCUUUCUUCCACAGGAUCCGUCAGCCAUAUGUCCCUAGGCCUAAAGAGGUGAGCAAGCAGAAUGGCAGCAUAAUAGCAUGGGGAAACAGACCCUUGGAGAAGGAGGACAGAAGAUCAGACUUUCUCUCAAGGAGCAAGCUGAAACAGAAAUUGAGGAACCCAAACAAAAACUCUGGCUCUUGCUUGAAAGCGAAAUAUCAAUGUGAGCAGGGUAAAAAUCCAAAAGGUAAUCAAUGUGUGUCUAACCUGUGCCAGGCCUGCUGCAGGAAGAGAGCUUUCAAAGCAACUGCAGAUUGUCCAGGUCAGGGGCCGCUUUUUAAAGCCAAAUCGGAGAAGUCCCUUGUAUGUCCCAGCUUGCAGGAACCCCAGGCCAGAGAUGGAACCUGGUAG